AUGGGGCAGGAGGACCUCGGGCAGCAGUUCCUGAAAUGCGGGUCUCAGAGGGACUGGGGUCUUGGUAUGACGGGCGGGGCCUCAGGUUCACAGACGACCGUCCACCAGGAGGAGAGCCCCUGUGAGGCCGAGGGCACCCCUGAAGAGGAGACCAGAGUUAUCAUGCUUCCCACUCCAAAGCAUUGGUGUUACACCAAGUGUUUGCAUUGCAUGCUUCAGGAAGGUCUUCAGUCUGAAAGCAGGGUGUGGAGCCUUUUGAGCGCACUCAUUCCUGAGUCUCAGGAGGAGGAAGCCUCGUCCUUUUCCUCCUCCUCAUCCUCCUCCUCUUCCUCCCCUUCCUCUCCUUCCUCCCCCUGUUCCUCCUCUUCUUCUCCCUCCUCCUCCUCCUCCUCCGGCUCCUCCUGUUAUUUUCUCAUCCCAAGCACCAUAAAGGAGGUUUCUGGUGCUGUUGGGACACCAAGUCUUCUCCAGGGUUCUCAGAGAGUCUGCUCCUCCCACAUUGCCAUGGCAGUCACACCAUCAAUCAAAUCAGAUCAGGGCUCCAGCAGCCAAGAUGGGAAGGGCCCAAGCACUUUGCAGUCCCUGCCAGUCACUGGGUCCUUGUUUAAAGAUGCCAUAGAAGAUAAGGUGGCUGAUCUAGUGGGGUUCCUGCCUCAAUAUCACACAAAAGAGCUAAUCACAAAAGUAGAAAUGCUUAUUGUAAUCAAAGAUUACCAGGACCACUUCCCUGUGAUCCUCAGCCAAGCCUCUGAGUGCCUCCAGCUGGUCUUUGGCAUUGAUGUGAAAGAAUUGGACCCCAUCAGCCACUCUUAUGUCCUGGUCAACACCUUGGGCCUCACCUACAAUGGGAUGCUGAGUGAUGACCAAAGUGUACCCAAGACUGGCCUCCUUAUAAAUAUCUUGAGUGUGAUCUUCAUGGAUGGCAACUGUUCCCCUGAGGAGAACAUCUGGGAAGUGCUGAGUGUGAUGGGGCUCUGUGCUGGGAGGAAGCACUUCAUCUAUGGGGAGCCCAGGGAACUCAUCACCAAAGUGUGGGUGCAGGAGGGGUACCUGGAGUACCGGCAGGUGGCCAACAGCGAUCCCGCUCGCCACGAGUUCCUGUGGGGUCCCCGGGCCCACGCAGAGACCAGCAAGAUGAAAAUCCUAGAGCUUUUGGCCAAAAUAAAUGGUACCAUCCCCAAUGCCUUUCCUAUCUUGUAUGAGGAUGCUUUGAGAGAUGAGGAAAAGAGAUCUCAAGCCAGAGUUGCAGCCAGGGCCAGUAGUAGGGUCAGGGCCAGUGGUAGGGUCAGAGCCACUGGUAGGGCCAGGGCCAGGGUCACACCCAACAGCUUCUGUCGCCACAAGUGA